CAACUCAAACCGUGAUAUCGAUCACCUCAUUGCCAUUUUAAUGCAUAUUGCAUCCAUCAUUGUUUUGUCAGGGGGUCAAUCUCAUUUCAGUGAGACCGCAGUAUAUCCCAGGUACAUCUGACUGUUUCGUAAUUCUGAUUUUUGUUUUUACUGACCGAGUAAAGGCAACCUCAAAUCAUAUGUCAUUUGAAACAACAUCGGACAUUACUUUGAUUGUUUGAUGCGUCAGUUUUCAUAGGCUUUGAGGGAUAUUUUCGUUUGUCUUCACAAUAAAAAUGAGAUUGCAAGGUUAUUGAAUAGUCCUUCAUUUCUCAGAGUGUAUAGGGGUUCUUUAAAAUCCAGUUUGAGACUUUUCGCGCACGUCCUUGAGCAGAGAGCGGAGAAAUACAUUUCACACGUUUGUUGAUAAUUUCUUUAUUGGCACGAUUUGAGCAAUGAAGGCCCUUUCAUGGAUACCCAUUACGUAUCUCAUUUGCUUCUUCCCGAUGGAUGCAUCUACAAAUGAAAACGGAUCAAGUCGUAUAUUAUCAAACAGCGGCUGUAAUGAGACGACAGCGGUCUACCCUAACACUCUCAUUGACGAAACGGUGGUUGAAGGGUACGCUAUAUUCACAUGCGACAUCGGGUUCGAAAUGGACCUAACCGACCACGGCGACGCUGUUUUAGCUGUGUGCAACGGAACGUCUGGAGAAUGGGAUUUCAUAGAUCAAAGCCCAAAAUGCGAAAUGAUAUCCUGUCAGUCGCCUCCGUUGCCCGCCUAUGGGUACUUUGAAGAGGCUAGUCUGGGUUUCGGGGAAGCAGGCAACUACACGUGCGAACAGGAGUUCAUCGUCGACGGCGAAGCUACCGCCACCUGCCAAGCCGAUGGGACGUGGAGCUCGGAACCACCGCGAUGCCGAGUAAGCUGCCCAACUUCGGAGGAUUCUCUAGCCAACGCCUAUCUGAGUGACACGCGGUGUGUUGAUGUGAGAUCAGACUCAAAGACAUGGAACGAGGCUAAUGAGACCUGCGUCGUUCAAGGUGGAUCUCUGGUCGUUAUCCCAACAAAUAGAACCCUAGAAAUUUUACAGGGCGCCCUCAGAAAUGUGAGCGAUGGUUACACGGCUGGAUACUGGAUUGGAGGGUACGAGGCACCAAAGAAUUCCUCCUGGAAAUGGGAUAAAAGUGGUGACGUCAUCACUGACUUCUUUUGGGCCAAUGGAGAGCCAACAAAUGGAGAGAAAGACACUCGCAUAAUUUUAAGUAAGGAGUCAAAUUGGCAAUGGGCGGCGCACCAGUUUGAUUAUAAUCAAGAUGAAAAUAAUGAAGCAAUUGGCUACUUGUGUCAGUUUGAUUCAACAUGCGUCACCGCAGGUUUAAGUAUAUCGGACGACGGGGUAUUUCCAUACAAUGGCAGGUGCUACUUCUUUCAGAAUGUUGGUUUCUUCAAAUGGGCUGAUGCGAAUAGCGUUGUUGGUGAUGCAGGAAAUCCCGGAUGCCUUGGCAUUGGAGACCGGAGUGGUUUCCUGGCCGAAAUACGAGAUGAGGAAACACAGAAUUUUGUGGAACUAUUCGGGGAAAGGAGUUACUGGAUAGGAGCGGUGCUUGAAGAAUCAAGUUCUGGCAGAUCAUGGCUUUGGGUUGACGGUUCUUCGAUAUCUUCAUCGUGGUGGGGUCCAGAGGAGCCCAGUGAUAGCUACGAGAACUGCAUUGACCUUUACCCGUUCCAAGAUGAAGGUUACUUGAUGAACGACGAGGCUUGCUCAAGCACUCUUCGCUAUGUUUGCGAAUUCAGUGUUACCAAUUCUACAACGGUAUGUGGCGACCCGGGCACACCUUACCGCGGGUACCGUGCUGACGAAAUAUCGGCCUCUUUCCUCCCUGGAGAUAGCAUCGAAUUUUCGUGUGACGAAGGAUACGAAAUAGCGGGAGCAUCAAAAGUCGUGUGCCAGCCGGAUGGGACGUGGAAUGAAACGGCCCCAACCUGUGAAGCCAUCGAAUGUGGCCCUACCCCAUCUGUCCAGAACGCCAGCCUUUCGUACCUGACCUCUAGUACGUACCGUGGUACCGCGGUAUACAGCUGCAACGAAGGAUAUGAGUUGGCGGGGAACCCAUCCAUCUACUGCAUGUCCAACGGAAACUGGAGCGCUGCCGAUUUUACCUGUCAAGAGAUAGAGAGCACGACUGCACUGGAAGAAACUACCUUGAUAAUCACCACUGCGUUUGAUGAGGACACUACCAUUGUUGAUUUCACAACCGUGCAGGAUUCUACUACUAUUGCAGAGACAACGACAUUACUAGACACCACAUUACAUGAACUAACUACAGCAGUUGGCCAGACUACACUGAAGAAAACAACAAUAGAAGAUGGUACGACAUACCCUCUAGGUACCACAUCUGCCCCUGAAGUUUCCACGAUACCCACCGAUGCGCCAUCUACAAACGCAAUGUUUACAACCAACUUGUAUUCAACUGAAAAGAUAUUCACUCCUGAUGACUCAACAACCGAAGUUGAUAGUACGACAAUUUUCCAAACCACUGGUUUUGAAACGACAUAUGUUGAUGCUUCCACGAAAGAUUUUCCAUCUACAUUAGCCGAUAAUACCAUGCCAAUUGUUUCUACUGUUGGCACCACCUUUACAACGGAAACAGAUGCGACAGACAUGCCAACGGUGUCGACAGGAACAUUUGGGGCAGAAACGUCAAUGAUGACGUCAGAAAUAACAUCGGUGCCGACAACCAGCGACAUAACAUCUGGUCAUACGUCACCUAGUCCUACAACAUUCGAUCCCUCCACAGUCGGCCUUACAACACCACUUCCCCCAACAGUUGAACCUCCAACCACGGAGCGUCUUUCAACGUCAGAUCCAGCAACAACUGAUCAUCCAACAUCGAUUCCUACAUCAGUUCUCCCCACAACAACAGGCUCCAUUUCAACUGUUGCUCUUACCUCGGGUCAACCCUCAUCAUUGCUUACAACCUCCAAACCGACUGUACCGACAACACCAAGACCAACGACACCAACAAGCAAUCCCACAGUUUUACCGCCUACAACAAACAGACGUACAAGAACUCCGACAUCACAAAUACCCACAACAUCGAGUGAAAUAUCCGCAACCAGCAGUAGAGUUACAGCUUUCCAGUCCAGUUCAACAGAAAUUAUUCCAUCUACUUCUUCAGAGGCCCUCUGGACCAGGUCAACCCAGACCACAGAAGCGUCUGGGAAGAAUGAAAACCCUUUUCCUGUUGCUCUUAUUGCUACGAUAUCAGCAAUAUUCGGACUUCUCCUCAUCGUUAUCGUACUCAUCUUUAUCAUUGCAUUGAUGACGUCGUCCAAGAAAAGAAAGAGCACUUCGCACAAUCUUCUCAUGACCGAUUUCGGCCCGGCGCCAACUUCCGAGGACAAACUUUCAAAUGACUACGUCUCUGCGAGUGAGAUGAUGGUCAACAGCGUCUUUGCCGACGAGGAAUAUAGAAAAAGCAUCCUGAACUACAGACCCUUAAUGCCCCGAAUAUCAUCUACAUCUAGCAGUAACCAUAGUCAAAAUGGGUGGGGGUUUUCUAGGACGAACUCAGAGGGCGUUCCCGGUGCUGCUCCAGGGAAUGGCCAAAGACCACCGAUUUACGAAAACGUUUCCAGGAGCAAUCCGUCGAGCGUUGUCAGGUUUCCGUCAACGUUUGAUGAUAAACUUGCAGAGAAGGGACUGGUUUCCUUUGACCCAACAAAGAGAAAGGACCUUAUACCAUCCGAUAUGAUGGUCAAUGGAGACAUUGUUUUUGAGGGCACCGAAUAGCAUUAAGCACUUUCUUAUGACCAUAUCUUGUCUGGUUUGGGGUUUUGGUAAUCACACUACCCACUCAACAUUCUCGCAGCUCUCGCCUCAAAGGUGAAUGGCUAUUUUCAUUCGAGUGUAAUUUAUGUUUGGCAAGCUUGAGAUCAAAUAAGCAACGGAUGACUUCGAAGCCUGGAGGGCAAUGCAUAAUUUCUUUACAUCAUGUCAGACCCAAAUUGUUCAAUGCUUUGAUCUCCGUUCAUUCAAACUCAGUUCACAAAUAUGCAAAUAAUUUUAUUUAUCCAUGAAUGGAAUAUACAUGUAAUUUUCAUAGAAAAUGAAUUUUGAAACUGCACUUUUGUGCAUCUUCUUUUUAAAGAAUAGGCGAGUAAAAGUCAGAAGGUUAGAAUGCUUUUUGAGUAAGCUUGAUCAUGAGAAUGAUACAAACAUCAUGGACAUGCAUCCAAAGACAGUAUAUUUUUUUCGGUAUUUAGAAUGAUAAUAUAACAAUAAAAAUCAAAUGCUGAUUUUAUCAUGAUUGUUAUCCGUUAGGUCCCAAAAUUAUGAAAGGUCAGAGUGGAGGAGCCGUGGUGCAGUGGUUCCGACUCUCGCCUUGUAAACAGAGGGUCGUGUGUUCGAAUCCCA